UUGAACAGACGUCUGCUAAUCAUUGCACUGUAUUGUUUCUUUUUAAUUUUCUGUGAAAGUAAAACUAUUAGCAAAAAAGACAAAAAUUUACUAGCACUAUUGGGAUAUCUCCAUGGAUAUAAAAUUGGAUAUGAUAAUGGACAUCACUUGCCCCCAAUCAUGCCAAUCAUAAUACUGCCAACAAUAAACCAACACCAGAGCAUUAGUAUACUAAAAACGAUUUACCAAAAUGAAAAGAACAACCAAUCUUCACAACCGGCUAAACCUGAAUCAACGAACUCUACCGACUAUAACGACGAAUUCGAAGAUGUAGAAGUGCUCAAUCAGUCCUCAAGCAGAGAUUCUCCUGAACCAAAAAUUAAUAAAAAUGAAUUUGAAGAAGUUAACGACUUGUUACGAGCUACUACGAAAAAUGCAACAGCUGUCAAUACAUCAACUGUUCAGGCUCAAACAGAAACUACCACAAAUGUUCCUGAAGAUAAAACUACAAUACCAUCGAAUACUACUGAAACCCCAGAUAUUGGAUACCCAACGGCUGUGUAUAAUAAUGAAUUCGUCACUUCUGUAGAAUUGACAACUACAGAAAGUGAUAAAGGGUCGGAUCUUCCUCCAGUAGAUGAUAAUAGGUGGCAAAACUUUACUAAUGUUGUGUCAAAUGCUACACAAGUAAAUGGCAGUCUACAUACUUCAACUACGCAACACUGGGGUCCCUAUCCGGCUGCCAUAUAUGACAAUAGUGCGGUAAAUAACCUUGAACUAACGACGCCAGUUUACCAAAACGAUACAUUUCUUCCACCAGUUGGGGAUGAGAGAUGGAAAAACUUUUCUUCUGACACAUUUUACGAUAAUUCGGGGCAGUUUAAGCCGUUAGCGGGUUUGUAUUAUGAUGGAUUCUUGCACAAACCUUUGAAGAAGGUAGGUUUUGUUCCAAGACCGAACUACAUAUUUUAAUAGGUAUGAUGUCAAUCUUUUUUUUUUAAUCUAUCUUGUAUAAAGAUUACAAUUAAUUUACAAUAAUUAAAAAAAACUUUAUACAUAAAUAGAUAAGGCAAUAUUUACAAAAAAAAAUAAAGUAAAAUAAAAAGUAUAUCAUCUUAAAAACAGUAUCCCCAGAUCCAUCAGUAUGGUUAGCGCUGCCCAGAAGGCUGGGGAAUAAAUUGUAAAUAAAUAGGUACUGUUAUUUACUCGUAAAAAUUCUAUCCAUUUAAAUGGUAACGUGUAUGUUUAUUGGAUUUGGAUUAAUCAUUUCGUGGAUCACAAACGUAAUAUAUCUCGCACGUCCAACGCGACAAGAUCGUAAAAUCUGAACAAUGCCGGUAACUAUUGCAAGUCGACGAGGCUCUAAAAUUGGUAUUGUCAGAACGUACUCGUAAAGCAAGCAUCAGCUUUUGUAUUCCAGCUCAUGUGUGUAACAUUGUUAUGUGUGGAUCGUUGCAGAUGUCAAGGUAAUACAGCCACUCAUCUACAACAUGAUCCGAAUUCAUAGGGCCAUUUAUCAAAAUGGCAUUUUUUUGUAACUGCGUUUCUUCGAUUGAGUACACAUUUCAGAUACUACCAAUAUUAUAAGUGAUUUAAUUUUAAUGUAGUUAAUUAAGUAUUAGUAGAUAUUUCUAUUUGAAUUUCUAUUUGGUCAAAUAAUCAAA